GUCUCUCUCUCUCUCUCCCUAUCCCUCUCCAACCCCCGCACCUCCCCGUCUGACUCGGAAAUACCAAACCGAAUCCCUCGCUUUUCCCCCCUUCUCCCUCUCCUUUACUCAUACUCUCCAUUAGAAUCUCUUCUUCUCUCUCCCUCGCGUUUAUCUCUUAUUCUUCUUCUUCUUCUUCUUCUCUUCCUCUCCUUUGAAUAUAAAUUUCUAAUAAUGACGACGGACUCGACGUCGAUAAGGAACAACCAUCUGCCCCCCUCCCUCGUCUCCAAUCUCCAGAGCGUCCUCGCCGCCCGGCGAGGCGGUGGGGGCGGCGAGGACGGAGGCGAGGGCAAUGCCAAGAGCAGCGAAGAGGAGCCCCAGGCCGCCCCCUCCUCCCCCUCCUCCGCCGCCGCCGCCGCCGAGGAGGCAGGGGACGGAUCCAAGAAGCCGGUCGUUCUCGUGACCAAUGGCGACGGGAUUGGCUCCCCGGGGCUCGCCGCCCUUGUCGAGGCGCUCGUCCAUGGCGGCCAGUGCGAUGUCCACGUCUGCGCCCCCGAAUCGGACAAGUCUGCCUCGGGUCAUUCGGUCACCGUUCGCGAGACCGUUGCUGUGACUUCUGCAGAGUUUAAUGGUGCCACGGCUUUUGAGGUUUCUGGGACUCCUGCUGAUUGUGUCUCUUUGGCUUUGUCCGGUGCCGUGUUUUCAUGGUCCAGGCCAGCAUUGGUCAUCAGUGGUAUUAACAGGGGAUCCAAUUGUGGCCAUCACAUCUUCUACUCGGGUGCUGUUGCUGGAGCUAGAGAGGCUUUACUAUGUGGAUUACCUUCACUUGCAAUCUCAUUGAAUUGGAGGAAGGAUGAAAGCCAGGAAAGUGAUUUCAAGGAUGCAGUUGAAGUUUGUUUACCACUAAUACAUGCGGCCAUUAGGGAUAUCGAAAAGGGAAUUUUCCCAAAAAGUUGCUUGCUGAGCAUAGAAAUUCCUACAUCCCCUUCUACAAACAAGAUUGCUGUAACUCCUCAGCAUUUAAACUUGCAUGCGGGGUCUGAGAUUCAAGCCUCGGCUUCGGAGUGGCUUGCCUCAGCUCUAACAGGACGUGGAGAUGCUCCCCGAGGCUGACACGACACAUUUGUUUAACUUGUAUACCGUUGUAGGUUGUUACUUUGUUUUCUGUCACAUGUUCAUGGUGUCACGUUUAAUUCCAAUUUGUGCUCAAUCCAUUUUGUUCGUUAUUUGUUCUUUGUAACUGAAGAAACCCAUGCUGGAUCCAUUACAUCGGUAGAAUCAACGGUUGGCCGCUUGGGGUUCCGAUUGUGUAGUCACCCUGCCUCUUGUUAGGUGUGUUACUCGUUUGAAACAAAUGGCUUCCAUGCUGAAUUGUAAAGAGAGGUGUGGGGUGUUGUGGUCUUGAUUUGUUUAGAUUGGAGAUGGGCGGCUUUGCCUGGAUUUUUUUUUUCCCCUAAUGGAGUUUAUGUAUUUUUAGACAUAAUGGUGCAUUUUCUUC